GUUUAAUUUCCAUGUCUUUAUUAUUUUUAUAUAUCAUUUAUAAGUUACAAAUAAACAAAACCAAAACCAUGAAACAAGUUGAAUUGAAUUUCUCCACAUACAACAUAGUCAAAAACAUGGAAUCAUUCUAGAAAGCAACUUCAUGGAAGACUCAACUAUGCGUGUCUUAUGGUUUUGCUUCUCAUAUUUGACUUGAACACUCUCAAAGACAAAAACAACAUCAAUAUAUCUCAACAACAUAGAAAGAUUAAGAGUAUACAAACAAGAGAAUAUGGCAUGUUCUGUGGCUUUUAACAACAAGAAUUUGGAAAUAAGUUUCUUUGUUUUCAAACCAACAAUUGUGAUUAUAGAUGAUCUUGUUCAUGUUCUCAAACUAUUCUCCUUAAGUGCUGAAAACCUUGGUUGUGUUCAAAGCUCCAUAUUUAGAAGCAUCCAUGGAAAUAUGAUUAUAUGGUAUGGAGCAUGGCAGAAGCAAUCCAACAAAGAAAAAGAGCUUCUAACCUCAACUCUUAAAUCAAUGCUAGCCAAAGUAUCAGCCAUGGCUAAAUUAAUUGACCACAAUUUCCUUGAAGCAUAUGCUGGAGAAUCAAUAGAUGGUUCAUCAACUGCAAAACUAACAACUGGAGACAUAAUAUCUAUAAACACAGCAGACACACCUAGUAGAAAGGACCUUGAUAACCUUUCCUACGCCGUGUUAGCUUUAUUCAGAUCGCGCUUUGCGAAAAUGGAAGGUGUAACUUCAGGUCUGUGUUUGAAAGGACAAACUAGACCAAUUGUUGUUUGCAUUCAUGUGUGGAAGUCUCUUCAUUUUUGUUACUCGUGGAUUCUUAACUCGGAUCACAGGAAAUGGAUGAUGCCUUAUCUUGAACGAUUCUCGAUUGAUAUGAAGUAUGAUAUUUUCAAAGUAGUGUAUGUUAGUGGUGACAAUGUUGUUGAUGUUAAUUAUGUUUCUCAUCAUCAAAUGUUAGAAAAUGGGAAAGGGAGUAUAGAAAGACAGAUUAUGCAGAAUUGACAUUUCCGUGAAAGAUUUCAAGUUUUGAAUUAUCAUCUUUAGCUUAGUUUUUUUUUUUGCCUUUGUAAAUAUUGUUGAUUACUUUGUGAAAAUCAGAUUUAUAAAAUAGAUUUUAAUGAAAGAGUUACUAAUAAA